AUGAAUGCAAUGGAAAGCAUUAGUGAUGAUGUAAAUAAAAAAACCGUAGAUAAUACAAAAGCAGCAAAAUCCCCAAAUCCUGAAAACACCACGCACAAAAAGGAGCUAACACAGCCCGAAACCAACGCAGAUGGCCCAGAGGAGGGACAAAGCUCCACGGUACACGAAACAACUAUUAAUAAAGAUCCGGACGAGGAAGAUGAAGCGAAACUGCAGGAAAAACUCCAAACUCUCAAGGGUGAUCGAAUUGGUGAAACAAUGUACUCGGAACGCUUCGUCCUGUCGACCAUCCUGAAGCUUUCGAAACAAGGAAACCGGUUGCUGGAGGAGGACGAAGAAUUCGAACAUGAUCUUUGCAACCUGUGGGACAUGACGAUUGAACCGGACGUGGUACGAUUUCUGCUGGAGCAGGAUGUAAUCGAGCUGUUUCUUGCUUUAGCUGCCGAUUCCGAGGACUAUCGUCUAAUAGAGAUCCUGUUUGGCAUCAUCGGUAACAUGUGCUGUGUGGAAGAGAUGCACGACCUGUUCUAUCGGCAGAGCAAUCUGCUGGUGGCAUUGUGUGACUUCCUUUCCAUCACUGAUGCACCGGUUUUGGUUCAACUGAUGCGCACACUGACGACCCUUUUCGAUCGAUCGGAUGAUGAACGAUAUCAUUGGUUUGCUGUGAUCAAGAGGGUUGACAAUCUGACGGAGAAAUUAGCACUCCUCCUUGCCACCAGCACUAACAGAGCACUUUUAGAGCACACGACCGAGACAGUAAAUGCAAUGAUCAAUCGAUUUACCGAGGCAGAAGUAGAUUAUGCGCAGCUAAACGAGUUCUAUCGCCUGUUUGCAAAGAGCUGCCUGCUCGAAGGCCUUUUUGAGGCGUUUAAACAACUGUAUCCAUUCCCGGCGCGCGACGCAGAAAGCGAUGGUUUCGACGAGGAAACACUAACACAAAAGGACAUCAAAACGAUGCGUCGGUUUCUGGAGAUCCAUGAGCACUUCAUCGUGAACGCGAACGAGCUGUACGAGGCGUACGUGAGCGAGGUCGACCAAUGCGUUCAUCGAGUGCUUGCAUCGUUUGUUAACGAAAGCAUACUGUUUCCGGUGUCUAAAAACCAUGUGUGCAUCUUCGUAUCGAUCAGCAACAUUUACAGCGGUAUUCUGUAUCAUUUCCGAGCGGAAUCAUUUGUGUAUAUGGUAAAAAUUUAUGAUCAAUUAGCAGAAGCUCUGAAAAAUCCACCCCCGGAAGCGCCCUCGAGGGCAACCGAGGACGGUACGGCCAUGGAGGAAGGUGACGCAGCAGACGACGGCGGAGAGUUUGAUGUGGAGACAGCCUGUGCGGAGGUGAGAGAAGCCAUUUUUUUCCUCGUUGGACCGAUCGAUCAACAAAUAAUCAGGGCGGCCAUUCAAAUGGGACGGCUGAAGGAGUCCACCUUUGAGCAGAUGUGUCGCGAGUUGCGAGAAACGAUGGAUGGGGAACCGUUGCUGUAUCAGACCUGUGCCAAGCUGAUGAAUGCCAUGAAGCCGAACGGUGAAGAAAUCGAUGUCCCAAUGGCUAACCAUGUAGCAGAGUAG